AUGUUGAUCUCGCCGGGAGUGAUACAUUCAGUAUUGACUUCAUUACUUUCGUCUGAACCUUCUUCUGGACCUCAUACAGCUUUAUUGAUUUAUCCAACGGGUCAAUUAGUCUCUUCAGCUUAUAUACCUCUGGACGAAUCGUCUGAUUCUCAAGAUGGAGAUGAUGCCCAAAAAUCAGAUUGCCAAGAUGUAAAUGUAAAUGGAAAUGACAAUGACAAUGACAAUGAAGAAGAACACGAUGAUGACAAUGACAAUGACGAUGACGAUGAUGAUGAACCAUAUUUGGAAUAUCAGGAAAGGAAGAGGUUGUUACUUGGUUUAGCUAGUCAAUGGAAUGAAAAUGAAAGUGGGAAGAUGGAAUGUGAGCUUGGUAAACUUCAUUUCACUUAUAUAUCACUACCACCCACACCACAACCGCCAUCAAAUAGUAAAGACACCUUACCACCUGUGAAACCAUACCCCGUAGACGGGUUCAUAUUAGUUCUGAAUGGCACAAAGGCUGUAGAUUGGAAAAUCCUCGUAGAGAAGGCUGAGGAAUUCAAGUCGAAAUGGAGAUCAUAA